UUAUUUAUAUAUACCAUAUACUUAUUUAUACCUAUACCAUGUACAAUACAAUACAAUAAUAAUAUUAAAUAUAUAAGUAAGUAAAAAACAUCAUAACCAGAUACAGAGAGCAAAUACAAAAAAAAAACAUUUAAAUCUUUACGUGUAUCUGUCAAAUGACAAUCAUCAAUUAACACACGAGCUCCUGUAUGUGAUCGACAAAUAUUAAUUAUUAGUGUGUGAAAAUAAUAAUAACAGUUUAUUUAAACAAAAAAAAAAACAUAAUGGCAGCAGAGAUAAAACCUGCGCCCGGCGUCAGUAAUGACAAAUUUAGUUCAAGUAGAAAACCGAUAUUACUAUCGAAAUUAGAAGGUUGUAAUGAUGAUAUUCAUGCGGCAAUUAUUAUACCCAAGGAAGAAGGGGUUAUUAGUGUUUGCGAUGACAGAACUGUCAGAGUUUGGUUAAAACGUGACUCAGGGCAAUACUGGCCGAGUGUUUGUCAAUACAUGGCCUCUGGUGCAACAGCUAUGGACUAUCAUGUAGAGUCGAGGAGAUUAUUUGUUGGGUUGGAGAAUGGUUCUAUUGAUGAAUUUUUAUUGGAGCAGGAUUACAAUCGUAUGACUGCAAUGAGAGAGUAUGUCGCUCACAGAGCUCGCAUUACAGCCAUUGUAUUUUCAGCAUUACAUGGGUGGGUCAUGAGUGUGAGCAGAGACAAAACGUUUCAGUUACAUUGCUCUGAAACUGGUAAAAGAUUGGGUUCUUAUGGCUAUGGUAAUAAACAAACUGUUGAUAACAGCAGCUGGCUCACAACUUUGCAAUUUGAUGAGCAAUCGAAAUACGCAUUCGUUGGUAAUUAUGAAGGCUCGGUAACGAUGCUGAAGAUUGACAAUACUUCAAUAUCAUUGGUUGCAUUAUUUGCCGCGCAUACUGCGAGUAUCAGAUCCCUGGCAUGGGAUCCAGAGAAACAAUUAUUAUUUUCCGGAAGUUUUGAUCAGACAAUAAGAGUUAUGGAUAUCGGAGGAGGCGAAGGUGUUGGUUAUGAAUUACGCGGGCAUCGUAAUAAAGUAACAGCACUAUGUUACGCGCAUGAUGAGCAUGUGCUAUUUUCCGGUGGAGAAGAUGGUGUUAUUGUUUGUUGGAAUAUGGCUGAGGCAAGGAGAGAAACUGCACCUUGGAAAGAAUCUGAUACCUGCGAGUCUUGCGGGCGACCUUUCUUUUGGAAUAUGAGAGCAAUGAUGGAUCAAAGACAGUUGGGAUUGAGACAACAUCAUUGUAGAAAUUGUGGGCGAGCUCUCUGUGCUCAGUGUUCAGCACAACGUAUUCCUAUUCCUCCAAUGGGUUUUGAAUUUGAAGUACGAGUUUGUGAUCCCUGUCAUACUCAAUUAAAAGCUGCCAACCAAACGGCAAUGGCAUCAUUUCAUGAUGCAAAACACAGCAUUAUGUCCAUGAACCUCGAUAUAUCACGGCGUAAAUUAUUAACAGUUGGUCAGGAUCGUAUUAUUAAAAUAUGGGACAUUUCAGCUCUUCUUCAGUAAAAUAAAUAUUUAUUAAAGUCCUGUGAUUAAUAAAUAAAUAUGUGACAUAAACAUAACAUUUUAUUUUAUCGUUUAAUGAACUACGUCGUCGGCUUCUUACAUCUGUGUCCAAUAAGUGAACUAAAACUAAAACCAAUAAUUGCUUUUUUCAUUUAAAAAAAAUAUAUAAAGCCCUCAAUAAAUCAAAGAGUAAAAAUAUAAAUAAAUAUAGAUAUUAUUUAUAGACUAUUUUUAUCAGUACCAAGAUGGGCGAUCAAUGCAACUACGAUCUUUACCUGUGAAAUAAAUUAAAGUCUUAUUGUACUAUUUGUAUAUAUAUACAAAAAACUUAACUCUGCCGAGGAAUUUGUACUUGUAUGCAAAAACUAUCGAGCCUCAAAGGCGUUAAACAAAAAAAAACUCGUUAGCUAGUUUGUUAAAUUAUUUAUAUGAUUUAUAAAACUUAUUUUUCAAAAAUUUAAUCCUACACAGAAAAAAAUGAUUUCUUAGUGCAAGAAAAAUUUUUCAUUACGAAAUGAAAACUAAAAUUUUUUUAGGACUAAAAAAAAUUUCUUGAUCCAACGAUUUUGAAAUUAACGGACAAUUGACAAUUUUCGAAUUUUUUAAAAUACAUCAAUUACAGAAAAAAAAAAAAAAAAAAAUAUGCACAUGUAGAAAAUUUUAAAAACUAUAAGUGCAAUUUUUUGAAAUAUUUUUUUUUUUAAUUAUUUAUCGCUUAAAAAAAAAUCCAAAAAUUUUUAGACGUCGGUUUACUAUGAAACUGAAGUUAGCAGCCGUCUAAUAAUUUUUGAAUUUUUUUUUAAGCGAUAAAUUAAAAAAAAAAAUAUUUAAAAAAAUUGCACCUAUAGUUUUUUUAAUUUUCCACAUGUGCAUUUUUUUAGUUUUUUUUUUAAUUAAAGUGUUGAAAAUAAAAUUCAAAAAUUUUUAAUUGUCUGCCAACUUCAGGAUCAUGGUUUACUUCGGUAUCAUGAAAAUUUUCGAAGUAAAAAUUUUUUUAAGCCAAGAAAACAAUUUUUUCUGUGUAACUUAUUUUUAACAUCACUAAUAAAAAAUAUUUUUAAAAUCUAACCAAGGAUAAAUGGUGUCUCACUACAGCGAUAUUGCGCUUCCAUAAUAAUAUUUAAUGUAUUAAUAUAAAUAUGAAUGUAUAGUAUUUAGCAGUAUGUAAGAGGAAGGAUUAAAUGAGAUUAAUUAUUAACUAUAAAAUAAAAAAAACAGCACUGUCGUAUCUAUAAAAAAUGCUUAUGUAUCGAGAGUAUACUCUUUCAAAUUAUAUCUAUGUAAAAAAAUAU